AUGCGCACAAGAUAUAAAUCUUUCAAAAGCGAAAAAAUUAAGGAAAAGAAUAUUGAGGUUGGUGAUGAAGAUGAGGAUGAGGUGAUGCACCCUGGUGUAAAUACGAAAGAAAUCAAUAUUGUCUCUUUGGAAGGACAAAAACAACAACACAACAGAAAUAAUCUUAAUACUCCUCAAUUUAUCAAUAACCAACCACUAACAACAAACACAACUCAAAAACUUGAUUCUUUUGCAGCUCUGGCCAUGAGGAAAAAACAAUCUCCAUCAAAUCUGUAUACUAAUAAUAAUUGUCCUAACAAAACAUCAACCAUCACACAAACCACUACAGCAGCACAUGAGGAAACAAGAAUACGUUCCACUAGUUCUCUACCAGCUGUUGAGCACCAACCCAUGGCAGAAUCAAACCCUGUGGAUAUUGCAACUUCCAACAAAGAUGAUAAGACAAAAGAAGAAUCCACCACCAGAAGAAGAGCCUUUUCCCUUCAAUUUUUUAAAAAGAAAAAUGUGGAAGAAAUUGAGCAAAAGAAGCUUGAAAAGAAUGAAAAGAAGUUUGAUCUGAAGAAAAAAGAAAACUUUUCCUUUGAAGAUUUUUAUGUAAGGGAAAAAAGCAAUAAACUUCAUUAA